UUGUAAAUCCACUCUUAUAGGGCAAAUUUGUGAAUUAUUCAUAACAGAGGUAUAUCAUCGAUAAAAUGUGAUUAUUUUAUUUAUAGCCUAUUAAUGAUUCUAAAUUGAACUGUUAUGGAAAAGGGACACUGAGAUAAAUUAAGAUUGUUAAAUGUUUUAUUUGUGCUUUAGAGAAGUAACAGAAACCAACUGAAUGUUGUAAAUAAACACCAUCUGAGGAGUUGCGACAGUGCAGAUGUGUCCUGCUUCUUCAUUUUCCCCACUUCUUUCAAGGUAAAUUCUCCUCUGUUUGCUCGGCCUUCUGAACAGGAUCUGCAAUAUCAGCUCUGACAUCAAGCUCAACAGAACUUCUCUUUCAUUCAUUGCAUCAUUGUGAACAAACAUCUUGAAGAAUGAGAAGCCUGGUGUUUCUGCUGGUCCUGGUUCUCUUCUGCUCUGUGCCGAUGACUUCAAGCGCUCCCCUCGCAGCUAAUGUGGCAAACUGCUGUAUGGAGUUCAGUAAUGUGAAGAUUCCUGUGAGACUGGUGAAGUCUUACUUCUGGACCAGCAGCUCCUGUGCCAGACCAGCCAUUGUGUUUCAGACAUUUAAAGGUAAAGAGAUCUGUGUAGAUCCAGAGACCACCUGGGUGAACGGCCAUGUUGAUAAACUGGACAAGAGAAUAACAGUCUAAAACAAACUACUCUCUUUCUAUGUGAACUGUGCAUUUCAUAUUGUCUACUGCUGAUGUGUAUAUAAAACUAUUUUAUUUACAGAAUAAUUUAUGUGAUUGGAUUCAGUUGUUUUAAUAA